CAUGGCAGUAGAUCCAAACGCAGUCGCGAAACAAUUUACGGAUUUCUACUACCAGACCUUCUCUUCGGGUCGUCAGAACCUCGGGAGUCUUUAUCGCGAACACUCCAUGCUCACGUUCGAGGGCGCGCCGAUCCAGGGUGACAAGGCCAUCGUUGAAAAAUUGGUGAAUCUGCCCUUUCAGAAGGUUCAACAUAAAGUCACCACCAUCGAUGCUCAACCAUCAUCACCAACUCUGGCGAGUCUACUUGUUAGCGUGACGGGACUGUUGCUCGUUGACGACUCGCCGAACCCUCUGCAAUUCAGCCAGGUUUUCCAACUCAUCCCCGACGGCGCGAGUUACUAUGUGUUCAACGAUAUCUUCCGCCUUAAUUAUGCUUGAUUGUGUUGGCUAGUCAUAGACUGAUUGGAAGGGCUGUAUAGAAAAUGACUCGUUUGUAUUCCUUUGGAUUUCUUACAAUAACAGGACAUGAUCAUUAAUUUUGAAAGUC